AUGCUCGAUGACAUAGAAGCUCCAUCACUAUUCACUACUCUUAAAAGCGUGUGCAAGUCCAUAACUGAGAUAGACGUCAACGGCAAUCCUCCAGGAUGCAAUGAACUCUUCCUACCCUUCAAUGGUGCUAAGAUUAUUCACAACAUACUUCAGCAAGGCCUGCCUGAUCAUCAUCAUCCUGUCCAGAAAAGGCCACCACCACCUCACCAUCGUCGAUCAGCAGGGGAGUGGGAGGUCAUCCUCACUAGGCUCUUGUCGAGUAUUAUCAACGAUGCUCUGAAUAAGGUUUCGGGGAGGAGGAUGAAGGACAGGAAGCCCUACAUAAGG